CUCCCCCUCUGGCGGUUGAGCGGAGGGAGUGCGCUUGCGUGUCCCCGCCCCUGCCUCCCCUGCGACGCGUGGGUGGCGGUUGGUCUCUGCUCUCCCGGGCGCGCGGCCCGGCUUUCGGUGCCCGGGAUGGCUAGCGCCUCGGCCCUCGCGGGGAGCUCUGCUUUGGGGUUGGGUGCCGUCGGGGGCCCCGGGCCUUGGGGCAGCUCGGCCGGGGGCCCGUCCCGCUAUGUGGCCGGCAUGCAGGAGCUGUUUCGGAGCCACAGCAAGACGCGCGAGUUCCCGGCGCACAGCGCCAAGGUGCACUCGGUGGCCUGGAGCUGUGACGGGCGCCGCCUGGCCUCGGGCUCCUUCGACAAGACGGCCAGCGUCUUCUUGCUCGAGAAGGACCGCCUGGUAAAAGAAAAUAACUACCGAGGACAUGGGGACAGCGUGGAUCAGCUCUGUUGGCAUCCAAGUAAUCCAGACCUCUUUGUCACUGCGUCUGGGGACAAAACUAUUCGCAUCUGGGAUGUUAGAACUACAAAAUGCAUCGCUACUGUGAAUACUAAAGGAGAGAAUAUUAACAUUUGCUGGAGUCCCGAUGGGCAGACCAUUGCUGUGGGCAACAAAGAUGAUGUGGUAACUUUCAUUGAUGCUAAAACCCACCGUUCAAAAGCAGAGGAACAGUUUAAAUUUGAAGUAAAUGAAAUCUCCUGGAAUAAUGAUAACAAUAUGUUCUUCCUGACAAAUGGCAAUGGUUGUAUCAACAUUCUCAGCUAUCCUGAGUUGAAGCCUGUGCAAUCCAUCAAUGCCCAUCCUUCCAAUUGCAUCUGUAUCAAAUUUGACCCCACUGGGAAAUACUUUGCCACAGGAAGUGCUGAUGCACUGGUUAGCCUUUGGGAUGUUGAUGAAUUAGUGUGUGUGAGAUGUUUUUCCAGAUUGGAUUGGCCAGUGAGAACCCUCAGCUUUAGCCAUGAUGGGAAGAUGCUUGCAUCAGCAUCUGAAGAUCACUUUAUUGACAUUGCUGAAGUAGAGACAGGUGAUAAGCUCUGGGAGGUGCAGUGUGAGUCCCCAACAUUCACGGUGGCUUGGCAUCCCAAAAGACCUUUGCUGGCAUUUGCUUGUGAUGACAAAGAUGGCAAAUAUGACAGCAGCCGGGAAGCAGGGACUGUGAAGUUAUUUGGACUUCCUAAUGACUCUUAAAAGGAGGCUUGGAGAGUCCAGUCUGCAGAGGGGAGCCCUGGCUCAGAAGAGAAGCUGGGAGAAAGGCCUGGGAAAGUCAGGCAUUGUUUUGUCUAGUUUGUUUGCUCUGUUUUUCCCCAGAGUACAUUCUCCCCCAUUACCAAAUAUCCCAAUAGAAGAGAAAGUUGUUCCAUGUCCACCCAUUUGAAUAAGAUAGUACGACUUUUGGUGGCAGUAUUUUUGUGGGAGUGGGGGGUGUCAGAGUUUCCAUUUAUAGUAAUCUGUUAAUGCAAAGAGCACUGAAUUAAAGAGAGCAAUGGAAAGAAGACUGGAUUUGAAAUUGGAGGCCUCUAUUUACAGCUUAGUUCUGCUAUUACUUAAAACUUUGCCUCUCUGGGCCUUAGUUUCUCAUUUUUAAAAUGAGGGAUUUGGAUGAUCUAAAUCCUAUUAUCUUUCUGUCUCAGGGGACUGUCCUGUAUUGUUCAGAAAUCCUAGGAAUUUCUGCAAUUGGAAUUUUGUUAAUUCCAAUUGCAAUAAUUAAUGGAAUUUUUGUUAGUUAAGUGGAAAUUUUUCAAUUUCCUCCCUUUUUUUAUUUCCUUGAAUUUUGAGAAGGUGUUGUAAACUUCAUAACCUUUGCUGACUCUAAAAGGUUGUUGGUUUUAGGAAGUGACAAUCUCACUUCUUGAUUAAAUAUUGAAUGGCCCAUAUUAGUAAUUUUAUCUUGAAUAGAGAUAAAAAAGACUGGUGCCUUAGUACCACAGUCCUGAAAAUAAUAGCUCACUCCUCUAUAAAGAGAGGGGCUUGGAUUAGAUGACUUCUAAAUUCCUGUUGAUCCAUUUUUAAUAGCACUUGGUUUGCAAAAUAAUUUCCUCACAAUAACCCUAAGGGGAGGGCAGAGAGUUUUUUAUUCCCAUCUUAAGGUGAUAAAACUGGCAUAGAGAGGCUUAAAUAAUUUACCCAAGGGGUCACAUGGCUAGUCAGGUAUUUCUUCCUGGGUGAUUGGUGUUAUAACAUAAUUUCAAUUUGCUACCUCAUUUGGGUGUCCCCAUAUGUGAUGUAUGUCUUGAUAACUCUCCUCUGCUCAUACUCAUUCUACUUGUGGGUCCAGGGUUGAUGAAGAGGAAUGUAACAUUUUGGGAAAAGUAUUUUUUAAGAAUGAUUUUGAUAUUUUAGCUUUUAAUAAAAGUUAAAUUUUGGGGCAUUCUUACAAUUUA